CUUAAAGGCGUUAAAAAAUUCUCAUGGUGAAUGGCAAAAUAAAAAGAAGAAGCCAAACUUGAAUCAGCUGGUACUUGUUUUUAAAAGUUUCAUAAAAAUGGAGUUAAACAACGUAUAUAUUACUGUGGGCACAACCAAAUUUGAUGCCCUUAUAUCAGCUGUAACUUCGGAACUUGCUCUUAAAGCAUUGCAGAUCCGAAAGUGCGCUAAACUUGUUAUUCAGCACGGAAAUUCGCAACCAUUGACAGAGGUGGAAACCCUCCUAAUAAGAAAAACCUUUGGCAUCCAAGUAGAGCAAUACAAAUUUCGGCCGAACCUGGAGGAUAUACGAGCUGCGGACCUCAUUAUCGGACAUGCAGGAGCCGGAACCUGCAUGGAUAUUCUAAAUAAUCGAAAACGUGGACUUAUUGUUAUAAAUGAUACGCUCAUGGACAAUCAUCAAUUGGAGUUGGCCAAACAGUUGGCCUCUGAAAACUAUCUGUACUACUGCAAAGUUCAGGAUUUGGAUGCAGAACUAAUCUCCCUGGACUUUGAAGCCUUAAAACCCUAUGAAACCCAACCAGAAAACCUUACAAAAUUUGUAUCCGCUGUUAACGAACUGAUGUCCUUUUAAAAUUCAAUAAACAUUCCCAUAAAAACAAGUAAAA